CCGUUCUGGCCGCCGGGGGCCGGGACUUAUCCCUGCCCGCAAGGCCACGCCCGGUUUCCCGGCACCCCCCCAGCGCGGCCUCGGUCUUUCCUGCUGGCCUCUGGCCGCCGCCAUAGACUGUCCGCCCGGCCUGCUCAGAUCUGAAGGGUGUGAAGCAACCAGAGAGUUUCAGGCUGUUUCCCAGGAAGUCUUGCAGACGCCUUGGAGAUGUUCACAAGGAAGCAAGUAAAGCGACUUCUGCAGAGGAUACCCGGAAAACAGCGCUUUGGUGUCUAUAGGUUUCUUCCGUUCUUCUUUGUUCUGGGAGGCGCAAUGGAGUUGUUUAUGAUCAAAGUCCGAGUUGGCCAAGAGACCUUCUAUGAUGUAUAUCGAAGAAAACAAUCAGAGAGACAAUACCAGAGGAGGCUGGAAGAACAAUCUUGAGAAGCAUGAAUGAUGGAGCUUUAGUUUUCAACAAAAUAAGUAGCCUAAACUAUCAAUCAAAUGUGAAUGGGAAAUGCUGUCCCUUGUGGGUGCUCCAAGAUGUUAGAAGCCCGUUCACUGGUGCCCUCUUGUGGCCAGAUCCUGGAUCCUUCACCUCCUGCCCAAAACCUCUGUGAAGGGUUUUCUGGCUAGGUAUUUUCAUAGUUAGUAUUUCUAAUGUAGUAUGAGGUUUCUUCAGGAAGACUUUCAGAGGAGACUGAAUGAGAUGAAUAUGUUUUAAGUCAUCAGUAAUAAUUUUAAAGUACUGCCUUUUGCUGAAAUCUUAAAUAAAUUAAAUCAUGAACAAGCAUGAU